AUGGCUGUCACGUUCCGAAACAGUAUAUUUUACAGCGACGACGAAAGUAUUCAAACUCAGUACGAAGACUCGUAUUCGAAAUUUGGUUGAGUCAAUUUUCUAUUGCUAACACUAACACAACCGUAUUUAGUGGAUGACUUAAAACAGCAACGUCUAAAAGGUCAAUACCAUAUGGUGACCAGGCCAUUGGCCAUUUCUACAACUGUCUUCUUUGGAAUACUCUUCAUUGGAAUCUCAGCGUUAUUGACAUCCGCAAAUCAACAAGGUUUGGUUCGACGCUCGUUUGAUGCUUACUUUUUUGGAUUUUAACGGGACCGGACAAUCAUGAUUCGAAAAUAAUUUUCAAGAGGAUUCCAAAACUGUUUUUCAUUUUUGCUGAAUGACUCUGGUAUUCGAGAAAAACGCAACUGAAAUCUGGCGGCGCAGUGGUGUAGUUAGAGGUGAGACGGAGUUUUUUGCGUGAAACCAAGAAUAUGACCGAACAAAACAGUUGGAAAUUUGAUUCACUGGUUUCAAAUGCGUUUUCCUCGAAGCACAGAGGUAUUCAGGUAAACUCAAAGCUAUUUUCGGAAUUAGCAAAGCAUGUAACCUCAGAUCAUUCCUAAUUAUGAAUCUAUGUUUAGUAACUCUUGUGAGACGUCGAUAUGACAACAUCUCCUCGGGAUAUCUCGAAAUUGUAAUUCCCAAGCACAUCCCGGUAAGUUCACAAUCAUCAUCUUUUUUAUGUUUUUACUCUCCAGCCACCAAUCUACUUCUACUACGAGCUGAAGAACACUUUCCUAAUGCACCGAUCUUUGAAUGCGGCAUUUUGUGCGGAGCAGCUUAUCGGACCGGGACUCACUGAUAACCUUCAUCCUUGUGACGAGUUCAGGAACAUCAAAUACUCGUGUGAGAAGCGAGACACUCCGUCUUUUCCAUUUCGAUAUCCCCUUCGGUGUGCCACCGACGCGACAUUUUACGCUCCUAUCGGUGGUCUGGGUGCGAUCAUGUUCAACGGUAAAUUAGGUGCUUUUUUUCUGAAACAUUUUUGUUUUUGUUUGCAGACACGUUCAAACUUUCCAUAAAGAACAAUCCGAUUUCGUGGCAUUGGAAUGGAGUGGUUUCCGAUAGUUUCCGGAAUUCAUUUGCACAGCCAGAGGACAACGUGGAUAAUCUUUGCAACUCGUCAAUGGUACGAGCACAUGUUUUAUCUGAUUAAAAUUAAAUCAGUGUUGUUUUAGUUCAGAAAGACUGUAAAACCAGCGGAAUGGCCUAGACACAUCUGCGAGAUGGGUGGCUAUCGAAAUGUCGAUUUUAUCCAAUGGAUGCAACCAUCGUCCUAUCAAAACUUUAAGAAAUUCUAUCGAAUUCUGAACACAACUGCUCAUCCGCACGGACUCAAACCCGGUGUAUACCGACUGGAUUUCACCAACACUUGUGAGAUUAUAACGUUUUUUUAUUCACAUCAGUACAUUAGGAAUUUCAGAUUGGCCACUUUUCUCGAUGGAGAAUCAAAUGGAAAAGUAUUUCUGGAUUCUCCAUCCGUCUUGGGUCGGAACUGAGCAAAAGUUCUUGGAAGUCAUCUAUCUUGUAGUCGGAAUCGGUCUCUUAACACUGUCUAUUGGUCUCGUUGGGUUCCAAAUUAUCAUGCUGAACCGAAGAAAACAAUACGACGAUGAAAAUGAUGAUUGUUAA